AUGACUCAUAAGAAAAAUCGUGAUGAUGCGAGUGAAAGUUUCAAACAGCUUGAGGCGCAAAUAUCAAAGCAAACUCAAGACAUAGAAGAGUUUAUAUCCACUCAUUCCAAGUAUCACAAGCCAUCACAUACUUUUCAAGUUUUACAAUCGCUUUAUGAGCUAUUCAAGCAACAAAUUCAGAUGUAUAAUGAAUUAAAAGAAGCAUAUAUCAAUGAUACAAACAGUUAUUCCGUUACAAUUACUUCAAUCAAUAAUUUAUAUACAUAUAUUCAGCAAGAAUUCGGCCAAAAAGUCGAUAAUAUCGAUAGCGUUCUAAAAAUUUUCAAAGAAAAAGUAAAAUCAAGCAAUGAAUCCGUCGAUUUACAAAAAAAUGAAAAAUCAUUAAAACACCAGAUUAAGAAACUACAAAGAGAGAACUCACAUUUACAAGAUAAAUUGAACGAACGCGACAAAUCAGGAGAUUUAAGAAGAAAAAUACAAUCUUUGAAAAAUGAUAUGGAUUCAAAAGAAACAGAAAUAAAGCAACUUAAUUCUACAUUAAAAGAAAUCAAACAAAAGUUCGAAAAACAAAAACAAGACAAUGAAAAAUUGAGAAACGAUUAUCACGAAUUACAAGAGACUGUUGUAACAUCUGUAGAUACUAAAACAGAAGAAAUCAGACCGGAUGAUAUCAGAAUGAGUCAACUCUCUCAAUUGCAACGCGAAAAUGAACAGCUACAGCAUAAAAUUUCAAUUCUUGAGGAUGAGGCUCAAAAAUCACUUGAAAUUUCUCAAGAAGACAUGAAGAAGACAAAAGGGCUAGAGAAAUCACAACAAAUCUUACAAUCACAGCUUGACGAUGCAAAUGAAGACAUCAAAAAUCUUAAUGAAGAACUUAGACUUGCAAAUCAAAAGACACAAAGCAUCGAAAAAUCAAUGAGAUCUCUUCAGCGAGAAAACUCAGAACUCAAAGCAAAACUUGAUGAAAAAGAUGCAGAACACGAAACAACAAUUUCAGAAAUGAAAGGAGAAAUAGCCAAAUCAGAUUCUAAUAUUCGUAAAAUUGCAUCAUUGAAUAGUAAAAUUGAAGAUUACCAAGAAGAAAUAACAAGAAUCAAUGACGAAUUAGCACAAACACAUGAAGAAUUAAGAACAGUUACAUCAGAGAAUGCCAGGCUCAAGACUAAAGUUGGCGAGUUCGAAAGGAGAGCUUCUUUACUUUCAGAACGUCCUUCAAAAGAACAAUUUACAGUUCUUGAGGAAGAAAAUGCCAGACUUAAAUCAAAGAUCAAUGAGAAUCAACUCAAAUAUCAGCAGUCAAUAGAAACAGCUCAAAAUGAAAAUAAAGAACUCAAACAAACAAUUUCCGAAAUCCAAAACCAAACAGUUCAAAUAACUAAAGAAAAGACAUCAUUUGAACAAGAAAACAAUGAUUUAAAGAGAAUUGCUGGAGAAGUUGACAGUUUGAAACAACAAAUUAAAUCUCUUAAACAAGAUAACGAUAUUCUUAAAGAUAAGCUCCAAACUGCAGAAGAAAAAGCAUCAAAUACACAAAAGGCUCAAUCUUCAUUUGAAAGAUUACAGAAUGAUUACAGAAAUCUCAAACAAGAAGUGAAUGAAAACACAGAAAAACAUAAAAAUUCAAUUUCUCAGUUGAAGAAAGAGAAUUCACAACUUAAAGAAACAAUAGAAGAUCUCGAAGAUCAGAUACAUGCUAAACAAAACUCUCUUGAUCGUGAAAAAUCAAACAAUAAUAACUUGAGAAAUACAAUAGAAGAAUUACAUUCAAAGUCACUUGAAAACUCAAGGUUACUUGAAAAAAAGAAAGCAGAAAAUGAAGAUUUAAAGCAAAGUUAUGAAGAUGCUCAAUCAAAGUCAAUUAUCUCUUCGAGCCAACAAAGAUCUAUUGAUAGACUUCGCAAUGAAAACAACGAACUCCGUGAAACUAUUGAAGAUCUUCAGAAUCAGCUAGGAAAUAAUGGUUCUCAAACUAAAACAAUCCAAAAAUUGAAAGCAGAGAAUGAAGAACUUAAAGCCGAAAUGGAAUCAAAACAGAACAGGUCAUUAGAAAGACUUCGAAACGAAAAUCGUCAACUCAAACAAGAAAUUGCUGAUUUGGAUUCGAAGUAUCAAUUAAGUCAAUCACAACUUCAAUCCACAGUUAAAGAAAACGCAGGAUUGAAACAAGAAAUAGAAGAUUUAGAAGAUCAAUCAAUGCAAAACGUCAGCAAAGAAAUCGACAGACUUAAGAACGAAAACUUAGAUUUAAAGGAGAAGAUAGAUAGAUUACAAAAUAACAGAUCAUCUGCUCGUCUCAAAGCGGAAAAUGAAGAUCUUAAACAAACAAUUGAAGAACUAAAAUCACAAAUGUCAAAAUCUAUUGAUAAUUUGAAGAGCGAAAACAGAGAACUUAGAAGAAAGAACAGUGAUCUUGUUGAAGCAACUCAAAUUAAACCAACUGAUGUUGACCAGGAUACAAUUGAACAAUUAACCAGAGAAAAUGAUGAAUUAAGAAGAAAAUUAUCACUUUCUAAAAAUGAUAAUGAGAAAUCAAAUCUUAUUGAACAAGUUACUACUCUGAAAGAAAAGAAUAUCGAACUUUUGAUGAAAAUGCGUGAUAUGAUGGAAGAUGCUGAAAAUGGAAAUAAUAAUGACCAAAUGAAACGUCAAGUAUCUGACUUACAACGUCAAAAUGCUGAUUUACAGCGUCAACUUUCGGAAUCUCAGCGCAUUUUGGAUAAUGAGCGUCAAAAGAAGUCUGUUAAUGAUGAUACUAUUGACCAAAAGACUAUUAAACUCAUUUCUGAAAAUAGAGAAAUGAAAUUAGAGAUUGAAAGCCUCAAACGUUCAAUUUCAGAUUACGAAAAAUUAAUUGACUUCGAACGUCAAAAGAGAUAUGAUAAUUCUGAUGACAAGAGCAAAAUAUCCAGAUUGAUUGAUGAAAACAAUGAUUUGAGGUCAGUUAUCAAAGAUUUGAAUCUAAAAUUGAGCGAAAAGAAGGAAUUUGCAGACAGUGUUAGAAGAAGAAUCGAAUCCAUUGAAGCCAAAGUUGGAUACGUCGCAAACGAAUUCUCUAGCUACAAACAAAGAAAAUCAUCUCAAUAUAAUGGAAACGAAAACAACUCUGAAGAAGUAAGAUACUUACAGAAGGAAAACCAGAGACUUGUUUCACUUGUUUCCAAGCUUAAAUGCGAAAUUAUCGGAAUUCGCAAUAUUGCUGCUCAACAAAUUUCAUCAAAGAAGUCAUUGUCACCAGAAGAGAUCAAAGAAAUCAUAAGAGCAUUUGAAGAGUUGAGAUAUGCUGUAGGAGCAUCAGAAACAGAAUCAGCAAGCAUGGUCGCAAAAGAUAUCAUGAGAAGAAUUAAUCAGAGGAAACCAGUUGGCAGAUGCGAAGAUAAUUUGCAGCAUCAGGUCAAUCUUUUGCGUGCAGAACUCGAAUCACUUGAUAAUGAAAUUGAUAGAUGCACACCAUAA